AUGACGAGUGAAUUUUUAAAACAUUUUCGCGCCAUAAUUUAUUACAACUUUCAGAGACAAUUAUCGCAACAAGAAUACCUUGCUGAGUUACUGUCUGUUUUCGGCAACGAAGCGCCACAUAAGUCGACAAUUUCCCGUUGGUAUGGAGAACUCAAACGUGGACGGGUAAGUCUUAGCGACAAUCCCAGGAUGGAUGCACCAAAAACAGCAGUCACCCAGGAAAACGUCGAUGCUGUGCGCAAACGCAUCAUUGAAGAUAGACAUGUGACAUAUCGCGAGAUUGAGGCGCGUCCUCUAAGAGGAGUAAGAAAAUUAGUUUCUCGUUGGAUACCCCACCUGUUGACUGAAGAGCAGAAAGCAGCCAGGGUUAAUUGGUGUCAAAAAACGCUUAACCGUUUCAAUUCCGGAAACUCAAAAAAUGUGUUCAGCAUUGUUAGUGAUAAUAAACGACAGUCGGCUGUUUGGGUGUUCCAAGGUGAAGAAGAGCCAACAAAAGUCAUCCGUUCUCGAAGUGUUUCGAAAAAGAUGGUCACGACAUUUGUGUCAAAAGCGGGUCAAAUUGCAACAAUUCCUCUUAAUGAGCAAAGAACUAUUACUGCGGAUUGGUAUACCACCAUUUGUUUGCCAAAAGUCAUCUCCAAGCUUCAAAAAAUCAACCCCGAAAGAAGAAUCAUCCUCCACCAAAACAAUGCAAGCCCGCACACAGCCCAAAAAACAAGGCAUCCCGAUCUAAGUCCUAACGGUUUCUUUACUUUCCCGAAAAUUAAAAGCAGACUGCGUGGUCAAAGGUUCCAGUCACCAGAAGAAGCAGUUGACGCAUUCAAAAAUGCCGUUUUGGAUCUGCCAGCAAACGAGUGGAAUAAGUGUUUCGAAAAUUGGUUCGAGCGCAUGCAGAUGUGUAUUAAACACCGACGUAAUCGCAGACAACGGUCACUUUGGGAUCAGGAAUGGAACAGUAUUGUCUUUAGUGACGAGUCUCGAUUUUGUUUAGGCAUGCACGAUGGUCGUGUCAGGGUUAGAAGGCGACGUGGUGAAAGGAGGAAUCCACAGUUUUUUGUUGAAAGACAUGUUCAUCACACUGUUGGAGUUAUGGUUUGGGGCGCUAUAGCUUAUGGUUCCAGGUCACCUUUAAUCUUCAUCAGAGGUAACAUGAAUGCGCAGCGUUAUAUCCACGAAGUUCUAGAACCCCAUCUUUUACCCCAUCUUGACACCCUGGCAGAUCCAACUUUCCAACAAGAUGAUGUCACAUUGUUACCAUGGCCACCAAGAUCUCCCGACUUAUCCCCAAUUGAGCACGUGUGGGAUAUGAUGGGUAGGAGAUUGCUCAAUUUGCAACGUCCUCCUCAGACUCUAGAAGCACUUCGAGAGGAGUUGGUGGUUGCCUGGAAUGAAAUACCACAGGAGGACAUUGACCACCUGAUCAGACGCAUGCCUAGGCGCGUUGGAGAUUGCAUAGCACAUCCGGGUGCAUCCACACAUUAUUAA